AUCUUGCAGAUGCCGUUAGGAGCUCCGGAGGACACCUGAGGACACAGAGGCACAUGAUUUUUUUUCAGGUUACCUAUUUAAUCUACUACUGUGACGAUAUAGCAACCUUUUAUAAAAACUUUUUUCAAUCAUAUUUGCUCCAAUCUCGCCUACUUCAGCUUUAAACCAAAAAUAUUAUGUUUUUAUAAACAUGUUCAGAGUGUUCUGUUUAAACACACUUUCAACAAGUUACCUAUAAAAACUGCCACCUAAUGUUUUACAUGCAGAGUCAAAAGUGCAAAUAAAUAGGACAACAUGUCCCCAAAUGAUCAUUUACAAAACUCCUCCCACUCUGGUCUAAACAGUGGACGUGCAGUGAAAUGCAGUAGAACACCUGCAGGAAAGCAGAUUCAUUUGUGCAACAGAUCUUUGCACAACAACAAAGUCACAUGCAGUAAAUCACGUGCGCAUGCAAGGUUAUGUUCUGUUUGUGCUUCACUUGAACAGAUAACCCUCCGUCAUCAUGGAGACCCAGCAGCAGCAGCAGCAGCAGCAGCAGCAGAUGAGAUCCGCCCUGCAGAGCUGCAUAGACGGACACAAAGACGAGCUGCUCAGUCUGAGUCUGGACAUCUGGAGCCGACCGGAACUCGCCUUUAACGAGACACAAGCGCACGACAGGCUGGUCCGGUUCUUCUCUCAGGAGGAGACAUGGACGGUAGAGAGUCACUACACGUUACCGACCGCGUUCCGGGCCAGCUGGGGUCCGGUCGGUGCCGGUACCGGAGGGGCUGGUACCGGGGAGGUGCUGAACGUGGGGUUUCUGUGCGAGUAUGACGCUCUACCGGGUAUCGGGCACGCAUGUGGUCACAAUCUGAUCGCAGAGACUGGAGCUGCUGCAGCACUGGGGCUGAAAGCUGCUCUGUUAGAGAGACACACUGAUCUCCCUCAACCUGUGAAGAUAACAGUUCUGGGAACUCCUGCAGAGGAGUCUACAGGAGGAAAGAUUGACUUAAUCAAGGCAGGAGCCUUCGCUGACGUCGACCUCGUCUUCAUGGCUCACCCAGCACAGCAAGAUGCUUCAUUCCUGCCCUGUGUCGCCAUGAAUGCAGUGUCAGUGAAGUACCAUGGGAAGGCAUCUCAUGCCUCUGCGUACCCUUGGGAGGGAGUGAACGCCCUGGAUGCCGCUGUGCUGGCCUACAACAAUCUGUCUGCGCUCAGACAGCAACUCAAACCAGAGUGGAGGCUUCACGGCAUCAUCAAACAUGGAGGGGUGAAGCCCAACAUCAUCCCUGCCUACACCGAGCUAGAGUUUUAUAUGCGCACGCCGCUGGUUAAGGAUCUUUGUGACCUGAAGGCCAAAGCUGAGGCUUGUUUCAGGGCAGCCGCCGUCGCCACCGGCUGCCAAGUGGAGAUAAUCUACCGAAGCACUGCCUAUUAUAACAUUCUGCCUAAUGCCACGCUGGCAAACCUGUAUGAAAAUAAUGGAAAAGCUUUGGGGAUUCAGUUUCAAGAGCAGCCAGCCAACUUCUCUGGAUCUACAGACUUUGGCAACGUAUCAUUCGUAAUCCCCGGUAUCCAUCCUUUCUUCUACAUCGGCACCGACGCGUUCAACCACACUGAGGAAUACACCGAAGCAGCAGGAGCUGAAAAGGCCCAGUUGUUCACCCUGAGGACAGCAAAAGCCCUGGCUAUGACAGCUGUGGAUGUGGUGUGCUGCCCUGUUCUGCUGAGGCAAGUGAGAGAGGACUUCACCCGGGCCAAACUGAAACAGGAGAAAUCACUAGAAGGCAGCGAUGCAGCUUUGAAAGCUCCAUAAAUACAAUGACUUUAAUAAUAAGUAUAUAGGACAUUUUAUAGCUGACAAGUCAGGGUUGUGUUGGGCUUUUAACUCAAGGACACAUGUUGGGAAACAGCAGUUCUAACAGUUUGUAUGUUUGAAGGAUAGAGCCGUAAAACUACAACUCAGUGUGGGACUCUGUGGUAUUAUAUUUAUGACAACAGGGGCCUCAAAUACCACCUUCAUUAGUUUGGACGAGCUCAUUCCCAGUAGACUAGAACUGCUGUUACAGACUAGAAUAUCAACAUGGUAAUGUUCUUUUAGGUUGUGUGGUGCCAGGACCUGAAAAAAGUUAACUUUUGCGCAUUAAAUGAUAAUAAAGUAAAUAAUUAACACC